UUACUUGUUGAAGCAGUGUAAAGCACAAGAAGCAAGGCCAAAGUCAUGCCAUAAAUUCCUGGUGUUUUCGAUCUGGGUUGAUAGUUUGAAUUGAAAGUUGCGGAAAAGGAAGUACUGGUCAACAGUGUUCCAGACAAUGAUGAGUUGGCUGGGGGCAGAGCUCCUGGCUCUCAGUGUGUUGCUGUUUCUUCAGAUCACACACUCAGACUUCCUCAACAGCAACUCCCUGUUCAAACUGAACUGGGCUGGAGAAAAUAUUCAGGACCUAACGGGCAAUUCGGAAUACCUCAUCAUGACUACGCCCAACAACGAAAAAUACCAAUGCAUCUUACCAGACGAGGAGAGCCAGAAGCAACUGAAUGAGGUCAACUAUCCGGGACCGUCAGCUGCCGAUCUCAUUCAGCCCAUUUUUACCAAGGGCAUCUGCACCAUUAGGAUCGAAACGUAUUGGAAUUUUGAAUUGUGCCACGGGAAGCAUGUACGACAAUACCACGAGGAGAAGGAAGCUGGCAAGGAAACCAAAUUACUGGAGUUCUACCUUGGCAAGAAUAUGAAGUCACCAGGAGGCAAAGAAUAUGAGUUACAGACCAUCAGCUCAUUCAAGGGAAGAUUUGAUGAUUUUAAGGUCCCAACAUUAUCCAUUGACGGUAAGGAAAUACCAUAUUACGAGGUUCUAAUGGAUGACGGCACGCCUUGUGACCUUCGAGGGGACACGCCUCGCAUGACCAGGGUGCGAUAUAUAUGUGAGGCGACUGGCCGCAACGAGAUGAUGUCCAUCAAAGAGACGAGCACCUGCGAGUAUGAGGCUGUUAUACUCACACCUCACCUGUGUACUCACCCUUUGUACAGGAUUAGAGAACCUCCAAUUAAUGCAAUCAACUGCCAUGCCAUGAACGGGGCACCAGCUCGGCCGGUAGGAUACGAGCAGCUGUACAAAGACACCAGCACCCGAAUGCAGUUCUCACCACCAAAGAGUCCAACAGGCAAAGUCGCCCCUUCUUCUGAGGCCGGAGAGAAGCCGUCUCAGGCUGCUGCCAAGAAGGCCUUAGCUCGCCCCGUCCUCAUCGAUAAGCAGAUACUGAAAGACUUCCUGAGCGGUGACUAUUGUCUUCAUGGGGGCCAAGGAUGGUGGAAAUAUGAGUUCUGUUACGGAAAAUUUGCUCAGCAAUAUCAUACGGAUGUUAAAACAGGCAGCACUACAGUCAUUCUCCUUGGAUCUUGGAAUAAGGAGGAGCAUAUAACAUGGUGGACGGAAAAUAAGAAGCAUAUUGGGGCCAAGAGCGUUACUCAUUACUAUGGCAACGGGGAUGUAUGCGACUUAACCGGUAAGCCGAGGGUUGCGCAGGUCAAGUUAAAGUGCAAAGAAGACAUGCAGGCCACAUCAGUCACCAUCUACUUGUCUGAACCAAGGGACUGCGAAUAUGUGCUUGGAGUGGAUUCUCCCAUAAUAUGCACACUCCUGGACACAGCUGAUAAGUAUGGAAUACUACACCCUUCCCCAUCAAUUGCACCACCCGGUGAUGAGACGGCAGAUGAGCCGUAGCCGCCAACUCAGCGAGGCUCAAGAAUACUUAACCUGAUUAUUCUCAACCUUCUGCUUCUAUAAUGUGCACAGAGCUAGACUUAUUUAAAGGGAUUCUAGUUCGCAAGUGCCCCUGGGUGGUGACGGAGAGACGUCACAGACACUUGAAUGCCAUUACUGCAGGGCAUGGCUGGUAUCCACGCAAAGAUGCUUCAGGAUUGUGCGCAUUCAGACGAAAACUGUGUAAUGGUGCAAACCAGUCUGCAAAUAUACCGUGCCACCCACAUGCACUGACUGCCAUGUUUUUGUGUCAAAAAUCGGCUUUUGGAGCUGUGGCUGCAUCUUUUGUCAGCAUGUUCUCUUGCAGUUGGCAAAGACUUAGACAUAGCCCCAGACAUAAGACUCAGGCGUGGCUUACUUUGGUCUUCCACAGAGUUCACAGGGUCACUGUGGACGAUAAUUACGGGCGAAGUCUUGUAGGUGAUCUUAAACUAGUUACCAGAAGACUUCCUCAAUUGGUUCCUUACUUUUUGCUGUGGUGAUUGUCCCUGACUGGUUAAACUCUCAAGUGCUAACAUGGCAAGUGGCACCGUUCCAACACUUGCAAAUUCAACUUGACCCUGCAUGACGCUGUAACAGCCAUACUGUGUCAUGCUUUGUUUGUCACUGUUUUGUUCCUUCUCCAAUGGCGGCGGUAAGUUUACCUAGAUCUCAGACUCCGUUCAAAUGUCCGGUGACCCGGCAUGAGAAUGUUGGAGCCAGAAGAGCAACAGUUUGUAAGUUGGGAAGUCGUUGCGCGUUGUGAUUGGCCAACUUGAAACUCUUGGGGGUGCACCGUUGUGAAUCAUCUGUAUUGAUAUAACAAAAGUACUUUGUUAAAAUAACAGUUUGUAUGGAGCUGGAUUUGUGCAAUCUUCUCAUGCCACCACUGCAACUUCUGAAGCAAGAGCCCCCCAAAGAAAGGCAGUUUUGGGCUGUUCCGAAUGUUUCAGAUGAAAUUUUGAGAGCGUGAAAUAGGAAAUCUUGCUAGACCGGAAGACCAUAGAUUUUUUAAGACUUGAGGAGACUUAACCAUAACAUGAGAAGCUGCUGACUUUUAAAAUGAAUACCGUUCACGAGGCCUGCAUGAUUUCUUUUCAAGAUUUUGCUGAUACAACGGUGCUUCUACAACCUGAAAUCUGUUGGUUAUAUUUGUGGCCCUGAAUGUGUUGUCACUGUAGAAAUUUCAGAGUAUGUACGGUCAUUAAGAUAUCCUAUGAAUUGAUCCACUUUCAUGCAGAACUUGAAUGUGAGCAACCUGAACUCUCAUGUAUUUAAGAAGCAUGUUUUGUGAAAUGAUAUGGUACUUUACUUUUGUGGGAAAUAUUUUCAAGGUACUGCUUACAUUGGUAUAGCCAAAGUGCUAAUCCUUGACCCUGAUUUAAAUAAGUGAUGAUUUUUGGAAGGCUUUUGUGUAUGUUUUAGAUUAAAAGGGAUCAUUUUAAAAUUUAGAUUGUCUCCUGCAAAAUGACUGCAGCAUUUGUUUAUCUAAUUUUCUUUUCUUACAUUUAUUUUAAAGCAUUUCUGUUUUUAGAACGAUGUAUGUGUGUGUAACAUUAGAAGGGUUGGGUGUUUUUACAUAGCUUUUUUCAACUUAAUGUGACAUGUUUGCUGAAGCCCCUCUUUAGUUGACUGAUGGCAAGGAUUGCACUUGUACUUGAUGUGUACAGAUGUGUUCGGUGUUGAAGUCUGAUGCUCAUUCAGGGUUGAAAUCAAGUCAUCACCAGUUGUUAAAAUCAAUCAGGGGUCAUCUGGUCUUGAUUCAAGUCAUAAGGUUUUCAAAUGAGCUGUGACAUAACCAUUCCCUCAUGUGGCUUUAGUGUAUCGACUUGGCAAUGACUUGUGAAUUUGUAAUGGACUUAGAGAUUGACUUGUGAUUGACUUUGUAUGAUUUUCAUUGGGCAAGUUGACUUGGUCAUUACAUCUCUUCACUCUGGUCAAGAUGAACUGAUUUUUUCAUUUAUACUUGACAAGUUCACAUAAAUAUUUUUAUCUACUUACAAACACAAAACUCAGUGGUUCACCUCUCAUACCAUCAGAAUCAUGACUGAAGAUUUGGCCCAUGUAGGUCCGUGUAAACAGCAUUUGAGACUUUCAUUAGAUUUUGUACUUUAUUUAUGAAGCAAUAGACAAAUCAGGAGUAAAUAUUCAUGGCAUAAUACAACUGAAUGAAUAAAAAUGUUCAUUAAAUCAGAA